AUGGUGUGCGCCCUGGGCGUCGGCACGAUCUGGCUGGCCAUUGCCAGCUUUGCCGGCUACAACGUCUCGUCCACCCACACCAUCAUCGGCGGUAUCAUCGGCUUUGCCCUCGUGUACGGCGGCGGUGGCGCCGUCCAGUGGGCCACCCCCGACCCGGCAGCCUUCCCCCCGGUCAAGGGCGUGGUGCCUAUCAUCCUGUCCUGGUUCUUCUCCCCCAUCCUCACCGGCCUCGCCUCCGCCAUCACCUUCUACAUCGUGCGCACCGCCGUGCUGCGCCGCGCCAACUCCUACAACCUGGCAUACUGGGUGCUGCCCAUCGCCGUGAUCAUCACCACCUUCAUCAACGUGUUCUUCGUCUUCACCAAGGGUGCGGCCAAGACCCUGGGCGCGGACUUCCCCACCAACAAGGCCGCCUGGGUGUCCGCCAUCAUCGCGGCCGGCUGCGGCUUCCUCACCGCCGUUGUGGUCAUCCCCCUGCUGCGCAAGCGCUCCGCCGCCACCGCUGCCAAGGAGGCCGCAGAUGCCGCAGCACUUGAGGCUGCCUCCAAGGACCCCAAGGCUGCUGAGAAGGUUGAGGAAGUGGCCGAGUUUGACGCGUCUCAGCUGCCCUGGUUCCGCCGUAUGCUGCACGGCGCCAAGACCGCGGCCCUCCACGGCACCAGCGUUGACAUCCACAAGGUGGUGGAGGAGGACGAGGUCAUCGCCGCCAUGCAUGCGCACGCCGAGAAGUUCGACCCCGCCACCGAGCGCGUGUUUGGCUACCUCCAGGUGUUCUCCGCCAUUGCCGUGAUCUUUGCCCACGGCGCCGGCGAGGUCGGGUUCAUGGCCGGGCCGCUGUCUGCCAUCUACGACAUCUAUAUGACUGGCGAGCUGCAAAAGUCCGUGCAGUCCCAGAUCUGGUGCGUCGUCCUGGGUGCCUUCUCCCUCGUCGUUGGCCUGGCCACCUACGGCUACAAUGUCACCCGGGCCAUGGGCACCAUGAUGGCCAAGCUCUCCCCCUCCCGCGGCUUCUGCGCUGAGCUGGCGACCGCGCUUGUGAUCCUGGUCGCGUCCCAGCUGGGCCUGCCCACCUCUUCUUCUCAGUGCAUCACUGGCGGCAUCUUUGCCUCUUGGGUGGCCACUCUCUUCGUUGUCGGCCUGGGCGUCGCCGCGCUCUUCGCCCAGGGCAUCUUCUCCCCCUCCAAGAUCGAUGGCGACAACCUGGUCGCCUACGAGAAGGGGCUCACCGGCCUGUCCAAGGACAUGGUCGGCGACUUCAACAGCACGCUGUACGCGCUGCAGACCGCCGCCGAGGGCGGCGCGCUGGCGCAGCUGAGCGCCCCCCAGUGGACUGACCUGAACGCGUCCGUCGCGCUCAUGGGCAACAAGACCGCCAAACUGGCCAAGGCCUCCUCAGUGAGCGCUGAUGCCGUCCUCAGCAACCUCAAGGAUGCCCUGUCCCUCAUGCAGAACAACUCCAUCUUCACCCUGGGCCAGAACAAGGUGUUCCCCGGCGUCGAGCUGUGCAACAGCUUCGAAAUCUCCUCGGUCAAGGCGGGCCUCGCUGCGCCCUGCCCGUCGCCCCUGCUGGUGGCGCCCCCCAAGGCUUAG